UAUAAGCUGCACUCACAGUUCCCUGUACAGAACUCAGGAGGGACGACGUUCAACAAAAAGCCUGAAGAUACCAGAAGAUGGCCUCGCUCAAGAUUGCUCUGCUUCUCUUCGUCUGUCUUGAAGGCUAUGCUCUGACUUCCGCUUUUAACGUCGAUGGUUUGCAAAAUGUUCCAGAUGGCCUGAGAGCAACUGGGGACGUCUGCCAGGACUGCACCCAAAUAUUUGAACUCCUUGCUGACCUGUUGUCCAAUGCAGACCUCCAGAAAAAGAUCAUGGAUGGCAUUGAAAAUGUGUGUGACCACCUGCCUGGGCCAGCCACUGCCAAACUCUGCAAAGAAGAGGUGGAGAAGAUGCUUCCAGUGGCCAUCCACUUCAUUGUUGGUGUUGUAAAACCAGCAGAGGUCUGCAAACUCAUUGGGCUCUGUGGCUCCUGUGACAAGCAGGAGAAGAUGCUCAGCUACUUUGUCAAGGAGGCCCUUCAGGUUGCUGUGACAAGUGAAAAUGUGAAGCCCACAACAGAAUGUACCUUCUGCAUUUUUCUCAUCAAGACUUUGGAGGACAUUCUGCCAAAAGAAAGGACUGAGGAUGCCCUGAUCAAGCUGCUGGCAGAAAUUUGUCACAUUUUGCCCCACACCUACCGAGAUCAGUGCGUAGCCGUCAUUGGCAAAUUCAGCAAGCCGGUGCUGGAUGCAAUCCUGAGCUACGCCACCCCGCAGGCCAUCUGCGCUCUCAUGCACCUGUGUAAAGGGCAGGAGGCUCCUCUUGUAGACCCAUGCACUUUGACAACGUACAGGUGCAGAGACAUGAAGACUGCCCUCAAAUGUGGAACUAUGUUUUACUGUCAGAAGUUUGCCUGGAAGCCUCUCAACGCACUUUAAAAUGUUAUGGGUGGGACUAAAAGCAUGAGUCAACCUCGGUGCCCCCAUAGAUGACCCAGAUCUUUCAACAUCUAACUGCAAAUAUUUCUCUUACUGCUUGACACCUGUGGCAUUCAGAUACUGAUUUGAUAUCUUGCUGCAUUUUUUGGAUUUUGCGUUAUAUUACACUGUCUGCGCUGAGUGGAGAAAACCAGGACUUACAUAGCUUGACAAAAUAUCCUGGACAAAAGGAUUGUUUGAACUUCAGGGGAAAAGGAGAAAAGGAAUGUUGAACAGAUAUGAGAGCUCAGCUAUGGGAUCAGAAUUUUUUUUUAAAUGUGAUUGAAUGAUUAGUAUAAAACGAAAAGUUUUCACAAAUAGUCUGUAUACUUGAUAAGAAAUUUCUAUUUUUAACAAAUUUUCUUUUUUAAAAUGUUUGUACUAGCUUCUAUUCUAUAUAUAAAGUUUUAUGGCUUCAACGGCUUUUAAGUUUCUUCUUGUAAUCUUUCACAACGGUCAGAUGAUCAGGAGAAUUAUCUGAAUAAAUUUCAUUAAAUAAACAUCACUUGAUUUCUUCUCUUCUGCGAUUAAAGGAGCAUUUGACCAUUUCA